UAUAUAUAUAUACACACACACUUUUUAUUUCUCUUUUCUUUUCUUUUCUUUUCUUUUUCUUUCUUUCUUUUCUUCAUUCUGAUUCGCGUUCCCUUACUUCAUUUUGAUGAAAUGGAAAAUAGCGGUUCCUAUCUACCUUCCUUUCUUUUCCUUUCCUUUCGUUCUUUCUUUCUUUCUUUCUUUCUUUCUUUCUUUCAUCGUCUCUCGCCUUUCUCUCUACCUUCUUUCCUCUCCUUUCUCUCGGCCUCACUUGGUCUCACUCCCUCUCACUUUAUUGCUCUCGGUUUCGUGAGUCUCUUCGAGAGCGCGCGCGGCGACUUGAGAAUUCAUUUCGCGACGUAUCGCAAGGACGUGCGUUGUUCUCAAUUUUCUCUCUUUCUUUCUCUCUCUCUCUUUUGUUCUCUCUCUCUCUCUCUCUCUCUCUCUCUCUCUCUCUCUCUUUGAGAUAAGAUGUUUAGUGAUCUGAGAGAGAAAGAGAGAGAGAGAGAGAGAAAAGUGAAGGUUUGAUGAAUGGAUAAUUAAAUGGUUGAUUGGGAGGGAGGAAGGGAGGGAGGUAGGGAUAAUAGAAGAGGAUUAGAUAUUGGAAUAUCUAAAAAAUACAAUUUUCCAAGUUUUACAUUAUAAAAAGGAAAACUCGCGUAUCACGAGAUAUGGCAUAAGCAGUGCUUCAAGUGUCAGGGCUGCGGUAUGACCUUGAACAUGCGAACUUACAAAGGCUUCAACAAACAGCCAUACUGCGAGGCACACAUACCAAAAGCAAAGGCAACGACGAUGGCGGAAACACCAGAAUUAAAACGCAUCGCGGAGAAUACAAAAAUUCAAAGCAACGUUAAGUAUCAUGCAGAGUUCGAAAAGGCAAAGGGAAAGUUCACGCAAGUUGCGGAUGAUCCAGAGACGCUGAGAAUCAAGCAGAACAGCAAGAUAAUUUCAAACGUUGCUUACCAUGGUGAACUUCAGAAGAAGGCGAUUAUGGAACAGAAAAGGACCAUGACCGGAGAAAAUGGCGAACAAAUCGAGUACGUAGAGUACACGGACGGUACAAUCGCACCUGCCUCGAGCAGUUACCUAAAUGCGAAUCCACCAGUUGCGAGAACGGCAAACUCGCCUGUACAAAGGACACCAGGUAGGAUCGCUGAUUACGAUCCCCUUAGCGAGGCAAGGCCGAGUCCUUAUUCCGCCAGGCAAGCCGCGACCACGGUCAUUUAUACCAGUGACAAAGGUCCAGUGACGAAUCCACCUACACGAAAAAUUGGCUCCGUUGCGGAUAUCGACCCGGUGAACGACUAUUACGGAUCGCUCACGCCUGCGACGAAUAACAAUCACGUGAUACAGCAUCAGCAACCACCACCACCACCGCCACCUACCAACGUCGGAAGAGUCUACAGAGCGAUGUACGAUUACGAGGCACAAGAUUUGGACGAAGUAAGCUUCUGUGACGGUGACCUGAUUGUUAACUGUACAGCCAUCGACGAAGGAUGGAUGACCGGUUUGGUACAACGUACAGGUCGGCACGGUAUGCUGCCAGCGAACUAUGUCGAGCCGGCGCAAAUCUAAGGACCAUUUAAAUAUUUCAACGAUGGAUCUUCUUAGGCUAGCUGCCAUUUAAACCUCUCGUUUGUUUGUUGUCAACGUGCUUGGAUUGAAACGUUUCGCGAUUGAAGGAAACGCUAGAGUACACUGAUGGUGUGCGUGCGUGUGUGAGAGAGAGAGAGAGAGGGAGGGAGAGGGAGAGGAAGAGAGGGGGAGAGAGAGAUAGAGAGAGAGAGAGAGAGAGAAUAUUCUUUUUAUUUGCGAGAGAGAUCGUCCGUUUAUGUCCCACUCUUUAUGUACAAUGCUCUCCUUGCCGUGUUAGAGAAAAGAUAAACAAAAUGUCGAACAGGACACCUUAGAGACGUGUGUAUAUCCUGUUCGAGAGAUUGUUUCCUUUCUUUCUUUCUUUCUUUUUUUUCCUUUUUUUUUUAUUUUCUAUUUUUUACUAUUAUUUGUUUUUUUUUCUUUUUUUUUUUUUUUUCUUUCUUUUUUCUUUUCGUAAUACGAAGAACAAGAAACGAGAUAAUUCUAUUGUCAACGAAUACGAUGAGAAAAAACGCUUCGUUCGUUUUAGUUUUGUUGACGUCGGUCGUUCUCGUCGUAAGCAUUCAGACGUCCUGAACCUUCUUCGUCUUACCAUAAUGCAUCUUUCGUUUCUUUUCUUUUUUCUUUUUUUUUUCUUUUUUUUUCUUUCUCUUUUUUUACCAUACCGUUUUUGCACUUUUAAUGUAUCAAAUGUUAUCAAUAUAUACAUACAUACAUACAUACAUACAUAUAUAUAUAUAUAUAUAUACUUACAUAUAUAUAUAUAUAUAUAUAUAUAUAUAUAUAUAGACCUCUAAAAUAUUAAUAUUUUAUAUAUAUAUAUAUAAAAAAUGAGAUAUAGUAGCGAUAUAUAGUUACGAGUUGGGGACCAAGCAUUUUGUAAUGAAUUACAUAUAUACAUGCGAACGAACAAAGGAGUAUGCUUGAAUUGGAUUACAAUUUUUUUUUUUGUUUCUUUUUCUUUUUCUUUCUUUCUUUUCGUAAUAUUCUUAAUCGAAAUGACGAUACUCCUUAUAUUCGUUCGCUUGACGCUGGCGCAAAUGCGAUUUUUUACACGAUUCAAUUCUUUAUCUUCCAAAAUGUCUUCCUUCUCUUGAAUAAUAAUUCAAGAAUGACCAAUCAAGAAUUCGAAACGUUGCCUUUCGUCGAUGAGAUACAUCACCGUUAUUAUACACAUUCCUUGAUCGUGGAAAGAUUCUAAUGAUUUUUUUUUUCUUUUUUUUUUUUUUUUUUUAUGGAAAUGAAGAGAUCAGUGGCGCAUUUAAUAUGCGGGGAUUCAAAAGUUCCCACUAAGGGCAUUUAUGAGGUCAAAAAUUUUUCAGCGAUGUUAAAUAUCAAUUACUUCUUUUUUUUCUAUUUCAAGAUCCUUAAAAAAAAAAAAAAAAAAAAAAAGAAAAAAGAAAAAAAAAGAGGAAAAAAGGCUCUAAUUAUUCUAUUAAAUUUGUAAAAUUACGAGCCUGUUGUUCAAAUUAAAGGUCUAAUGAUUCCAAGAAAAGAAAGUAAAUUGCAUUUUAAAUAUC